UUCGUCUUAUCCUCCAUCUCACCCACCACCGCACGGCAAUGUCGUCCUCCGCGGCCGCCAGCGUCUGGGCUCGAAUCCGGCUUGCCGACCGACGCGACGUGCCCAACAUCCACCGCCUCAUCCGGCAGAUGGCGGAGUUCGAGCUGUUGACCCACCUUUUCUCCGCCACCGAGGCCUCCCUCUCCGACACGCUCUUCCCCUCCCCCGCGCUUCCCCCCUUCCUCUCCUUCACCGUCCUCAUUCUCGAGCUCUCCCAUUCCCCCUUUUCCGAAGACAGCGAUGCCCCCCUCUUCGCCCCGAUCGUCCGGCGGAUCGAUCUGGAGUCCGCCGUGGAGGACCCGGAGGCAGCGGAGUUCGCAUCGCCGCGCGGAGAGGGCAUAGUGGUGGCUGGUUUCGUACUGUGCUUCCCGAACUACUCCACUUUCCUCGCGAAGCCGGGGCUGUACAUAGAGGACAUCUUCGUGCGGGCGACUUGGCGGCGGCGGGGGCUGGGGCGGAUGCUGCUGGCGGCAGUGGCGGGGCAGGCGGCGCAGAUGGGGAUGGGGAGGGUGGAGUGGUGCGUGCUCGACUGGAACGUGAACGCCAUCAAGUUCUACGAGGACAUGGGCGCCGAGGUCAUGCCCAUGUGGAGGAUCUGCAGGCUCACCGGACCGGCACUGCAGGCUUAUCUUCAUGAAAAGUGAAGAUAUGUCUGUGCUAUCAAAAUCGGAUUUUGUCUGUUGAAAUCUUCCCAAGAUUUCUUCCCCGAGGAAGAAUGGUUUAAGCGCUUGUAAUCGAAGUCUCUUCCGCAGAUGUCAGUAGAUUGGCUUUGGUUGAUGAAUAAAUUGUCUACCUUGAGAACCCCACUGCUAAU